AUGAAAUCAACAAUGGCAGACGACACAGUGCGGGUUGCCGUCAGAAUUAGACCUUUGGUGUCAUCAGAGAUCGAUCGAGGUUGCCAGGAUAUCCUGAACGUGAUCCAGCCAGAAAAUCAGGUCCAAGUUCGAAAUGAUAAAGCAUUCACAUUCAACCACGUAUUUGGACCAAAAUGUACUCAGGAUGAGUUCUAUGAGACCGCUGUUUCGGGUAUGAUCAGCAAGUUAUUUAAAGGUUACAAUGUCACAAUCCUUGCCUAUGGCCAGACGGGAAGUGGAAAAACCCAUUCAAUGGGAACCAACUACUCAGCCGGCGAAUCCAUGGGUGUAAUUCCGCGAGCUAUCAAUGAUAUAUUUAAGUGUAUCAAUGACGAAUCUGAUAAAUACAACUACCGAGUGACAGUGUCUUUCAUGGAGCUGUACAAUGAACAAUUAUAUGACCUCCUGGCGGAUAAGAAUCGAAAGGAUUGCGUCGUCGACAUAAGGGAAUACAGCAAUAAAGAGAUCAAAAUAACUGGAGUCACAGAAAAAGAAGUGAGCAAUGCAGACGAGACUCUACAGUUACUCAUCCACGGGUCACAGGGUCGUGCCACUGGGUCUACGGCCAUGAAUGACCAAAGUAGCAGAAGCCACGCAAUAUUCUCGAUGAUCAUUUUCCAGGAGCCUAAAGACAAUCCAGCAAAUGCCACAACUGCAAAAUUCCAUUUGGUCGACUUGGCGGGUUCUGAGAGAAGCAAGAAGACUCAAGCCACUGGUGAGCGCUUCAAGGAGGGUGUAAAUAUUAAUAAAGGUCUAUUGGCGUUGGGUAAUGUCAUAUCACAACUGGGAGACAAUAAUUCCAACUCUUUUGUUGUUUAUCGAGACAGCAAACUUACGAGGCUCCUCCAAGAUUCUCUUGGAGGAAACUCAAUCACAUUAAUGAUUGCCUGCGUGAGUCCGGCUGACUAUAACCUAGAGGAGACUCUCAGCACUCUCCGGUACGCUGACAGAGCCAAAAAAAUCAAGAACAAACCUAUUGUCAACCAAGAUCCGAAGACUGCGAAGAUAAAUUCCUUGCAAGCGGAGAUUGUUAACUUACAAUUGGCACUGGCUGUUAAAGGACCGCUUCAAGGAUGUCCUCCAGAGCAUGCCGAGCUGGCUGAAAGGAACAAGUCUUUGCAGAAAAAAUUACGCGAACUCACUGAGAAGUUCAAUGCGAAUAUGUUCGAGACAAUGUGCAUGAACGAAAGGGCUGAGUUGGCUGAGAGCGCCAAGGAAAAAAUUUACUCGGGAUUGAUGAAAAUUUUAGAUGAGUUUGACAAAAUUCUGGAGGACCAGUCCUUGGAAAACUUCUACAGGGAGACAUUGUGUAGUAUAAGAACAAGGAUUCACGAAUUGUUGAAUCAGCAGAAAAAAAUGGACGCUGAAAUUUAUCAGCAAAUGUCGUUGGAGCAGAUUCCUAGGUCUCAGAAUACGACAGAGGAUACUGAGGAAGACCAGCGGAGCUUUGAUGACAGCGUUCAUUUAGACGAAGAACAUGCAGAGCACACCCUAAGGCAAGCUGACAGAAAUAAUGAGGUCCAGAACAUCAACCGUGAGCUUGCAGUAAAAGAAGAACUUAUUAAUCGGCUUUUGAGCAAUGCGUCGCAAAUUGCGGAGCAGACUAAGGAAGUUCAGGAGAUGGAGCUGGAAAUAAAAAAUUUGCAGGCAGAAAGGGAUAAAUUAUUGAAGACUCUGGAAAAUGUGCAGCAUAAUUCGGCAAGUGCGAAAUUGGCUGAGUCACGCCGUAAAAAGCUCCAGGAAUUUGAGAAGAAAAUUUCUGAGUUGACUCGUAAAUGUACGGAACAGAAUCGCAUUAUCAGGGGGAAAGAAAAGUCAGAUCAGCAGAUCAAAAAUUUGACUUCUGAAAUUCAGGCUCUGAAACAAACGAGGGUGAAAUUGAUUCGAGAGAUGCGCAAGGAGUCGGAUAGAUUCACGCAGUACAAACAGCAGCGAGAAAAAGAGCUUUACAAGCUGAAGGAUCAAGAUCGCAAGAGGCAGAAUCAGAUGGCGCGGAUGCAAAAUCAGCACAGCAAGCAACAGAAUGUUUAUAAGAGAAAGAUUGAAGAGUAUGCUGCGAUGAAUAAACGAUUGAAAGAAACGCUUGAAUUGCAGACUAAGGCACAGCAGCGAAGAGAAAAAAAUAGCAGCUCGAAAGAAGGUAUUCAAGCGUUGGUUUCGAGGGAGGUUGACGAAGCUCUGGAGCGCGUCAAUUGUGAAUAUUUGCUGGAUAAAUACAUGAAAGAGCGCUCAAGUUACUCACAGCUGCUCCAGACGCACAAGAAACAGCACGCUAAUGACUCAGCAGAGAAUUUUACAGAAGAAAUGAAAGACCUGCAGGACGUUAUUGAUCUUCUAAAUACUCAAAUCGGUCAGUUACAGCAACAGCUGAUGGAGGCGGAUAAAAAAAAGUCCAGUGGCAAGUUUCAAGAAAUUACCUCGAUGGGAGACGCCAAGUUGGCUUUGAAAACAGCGAUCGAAGUGGUGACUGAUAAUUGUCGCAAACACUGGACCAAAUCAGUCAAAUACGAUUUGCUUCGUCCCAACUUCGACGAUCUUGAAAAGAAGCAUGACCAAGUUCUGAUGGAGAACCGACAGUUACAGCUCCGAGAAGAAAAUAUGAAGAGGCAAAUGGAGGAGCUGAAGCAAGCAAACGAGGAACUCCGGAAGGCUGGGCCGGUAAAAAAAGUCAGCACUGGCAAUAAAAAACCCCUACGGGAAUGGGAUUCAAAUGCUUAUGUUUAUCAGAACAUUUCACUGGACGAGAGUGUUGUUGACUACGAAGACGAUAUUGUCAAAGAUCCUGACUGGUCCAAAACACCUUUGUACAAACGUACUAGGACUACUUUCAAUGUUAUCAACAAUGGCUCUCUCGAAGAAAGCGUUCCGUCUCUUAAAAGGUCUUCUAAUGGUGAUAUCAAAUGCAGCUGCUCGAAAACCAAGUGCAAGUCGCGGUUAUGUUCAUGCCGAAAAAAUAAUGGUGUUUGCGGACCCAGAUGUGGCUGCGACGACUCUUGCGAAAAUAGAGAUCCUGAUAAGACCGGUCAGCUGUUUUUCCCAGAUAAGGUCGAAUCCAACGAUUUCAAGCGAUCAAAGAUCGAUGCAGAGGGUUGA